AUGAGCACGGAAGAGAGCGGCGCGGCGCCCUCCAAGUUUGUAUCGCAAGCCGAGCUUAAUGAUGCGCAAAAACGAAGGGAGAAGGAUAUUCAAGAUGCGUAUGCUCGGAUCGGCGAAGCGCCCCCUGAAGCACCCAAAGAGGAGGCUUACGAUCCACGCCCUUUGUACGAGCGCCUUCAAGAAGCCAAGGCUAUUCAAGAUGAAAAACUCGAAGAGAUGUUCAAGCUACGCAACCAAUUCCGCGGCCUCGAUGAGAGUGAGUCCCAAUUCCUCGCAGACAUCGAAGAGGCACGGCGGAAACGCGAAUGGGAGAAACGCCGUGAAGACGCUUCAGCGUUGGAGGCAUUCCGAAAAGCUACAGUCACAAAGACGACACCAGCCGCGCCCGCCGUCGACAAAAGUACGGUCCCUGUCAUUCCCAAAAGCAAACCACGCGCAUCCCUAGCCAAGCGGAAGAGAGAUAACGCCUUGGGAAUCGUCCGCAAGACGCCAGGAACCCCCACAGAGAAACCUACCAAGAUCCCCAAAAGCACGGAAGAGAGCGAAAAUCCCACGAAAGACAACAAGGAAGCCCCUGAUUCAUAA